AUGGCGGCUGGUGGUGCAUUGUGGCCUGGAUGUCUGACAACAAUACCACUGAUUGGACCAUGGGACUCAAGUUUGCUCAGUUCCAGCUACCACAGCGGAAUCAAGCAAACACCAUUUGCUGCCUUUACAGAAUCAGAUGCACCAACUGGGCUAAAUUCCUCCAAGCUCCCAGAUGAUGUCAUUGCAACACUGAAGACGGAAGAAGAUCUCCAAGAUCUCAUCAAUGCCAUCAUCGCCAUGACACCUCCUUCAGACCAGCCAGCAGCACCAGAUGCGCCACCAGUUACUGCAGCUGUUCCAGAUCCCUCAGAAGAAGCAGCCAUGCCAGAUCCCGAUCCACCUGUUGUAGCAGAUAUGCCAGAUCCAGCUCCACCUGUUGUAACAGAUAUGCCAGAUCCACCUGUUGUAGCAGAUAUGCCGGUACCAGAUCCACCUGCUGUAGCAGCCGUUAUAGAUCCACCAGCUGUAGCCGCCGUUCCAGAUCCGCCAUCAUCAGCAGAACUCCUUGUUGCAAAGAGACGUCAGCAGAUCAGUAUCCAGAGGAAGAGGGCAAUAGACUCUCAGUUGCAACAAGCCGAGAAAAUGGUGAAAAGAAGUGAAGUUGUUCUCUCUGAAGUUCAAGUUGGUGACAACGUAACAGUUCCCAUCCCAUCCGUGGACAGAGGUAGAGCUGAUCCCUGCAACUUGAUUGGUGUGAUUACUGACAUUAAUGACAGUGGCAUGUACACAACUGUUGUCAAAGUGUCAUGUACAAAAUAUUCUCGUAAUCAAUUUGAUGUGUGCGCCACAACACUCUACACCUUAGAGAUAUGA